AUGAACGUAGAGAAACUCAAUGAAGCAGAGCUCCAGGAAGGAACCCCGUUUUCUGCGUCGUGGCAUCAGGAUUAUAGAGACUCUUCAUACAUAUUCAUAGGCAAUCUUCCGGCUAAGAUGAACGAGAUGGAUAUUCUAAUAGUAUUUUCGCAGUAUGGAGUACCUACUUUUUUGAAGCUUGUCAGAGAUAGAGAGACGGGGGAAUCUUCCAGAUUUGCCUUUUUGAAGUAUGAAGACUUCCAGUCGUCUGUUCUUGCCAUUGAUAAUUUGAACGGGUAUGAGAUUAUACCUGGUUCUAAACUUAAGGUGGAUCAUGUUCGAUAUAGGCCGUUCAAAAGUCAAAAUGAUUGCUGGGAGUGA